UGGUUGCUAGAUUAUUUUGUUUUUGAUUCAGAUGUUUGUAAAUAAGGUUUGUCGGAUAUUUCAUUUCAUGAUAUUAAAGGAUAUCGUAAUAUAAAAAAGAAAGAAAAAUGAACGAAGAACAAUUAAGGAAUAUUGAAUACUCUGCACUACAUUAUGGAUGCACUCCAACGUCGUUUACACGAGAACUUCAGCAAUCUAUUCAAAGCAUAUACGAAGAUGUGUUAAAUGUGAACGAGAAAAACGCCAUUGAGGGUAUAGGAGAGGAAGCAAGUGAUGAAAUUAAAGAGACUUUCAAAAAAGCACAACAGCUAUUAGACAAAAGCACCCAGCAAUGUAUCAACAGAUUGAAUCCAAGUGCCAUGAAAUUUUUUAAAAUCCCAGAGUCAGUUUCACUAUCUGUUUACAAGAAAUUUGAAAACAAAACCGAGGAAUUAAAAGUGGAAUGUGAUAGUUUGGAGAAGAAAUAUUUACAGCAAAAGAAUUUCAUAGCUUUAUUGCAAAAAGAAAAGGAGGAAAUGGAGAUGAUGUUGACACCAAUUAAAAAAUUGGUGGAAUCUGCAAAUGAGAUUAAUGAGAAUUUGGAUAAGGUUGCAGAAGUUGUCAUUUAUAAUAACAAACUGAAUGGUGUAUUAAGUGAACAGUUUCUUGCUGAAUAAAGUUUUUAUAAAUAUAUUCUUGGAGCUGCUAAAAAAAUAUUUACAAUAAAUAUACAAUAAUUUUGGUAAAUAGAACAGAGAUUCAGAAGC